CGAUAAUUCGUCCCAACCUACUUUCCAGGAAGUCUACAAAUCUCGCAGGCACAAUGCCGGCCGCCGUGGAUACUGCCAAAACCAUCUCAAAGAAGCGCAAGAGAAAGCACGGAGGAAGCGCUCGCGAAGCCACUGACAAUGGAGUUGCUACCUCGCCUGCUGAAAAUGGAGUGGAGGGCAAGGCAACUGAGACUACGACUGAGUUAACCAAGGACAAGGAUGUUGAGCUUGCGAAAAAGGUUGUGAAGGAGGAAGCACAAAAAAAGCGAAAAGUGAGCCAUUCGCCUAGCGACGAGGAGGAGAGCGAGAGUGAAGACGAGGAGAAGAAGGAAGAGGACGAGAAGGAUAAUGUAAAAGAGGAUUCUGGAAAGGCGAACGUACCAGAUCUUCCCUCUGUUGAUGCGGUUAGCCUACCGCAGCCCGAUGGGGGCCCCAAGAAGUUCACAGAGUUGGGUCUUUCGGAGAAGACGCUUCAAGGUAUUAAGGAGAUGGGAUUUGAGACAAUGACGGAAAUCCAACAACGGACAAUCCCUCCGCUCCUCGCGGGCCGUGAUGUUCUUGGUGCUGCGAAGACAGGAUCUGGAAAGACAUUGGCAUUCUUGAUUCCCGCCAUUGAGAUGCUCAGUGCGCUGCGGUUUAAGCCUAGGAACGGAACCGGUGUUAUUGUGGUCUCCCCAACGCGCGAGCUGGCUCUGCAGAUUUUCGGCGUGGCAAGGGAACUUCUCACGGCACACAGCCAGACAUAUGGUAUCGUUAUUGGGGGCGCAAACCGACGAGCAGAAGCGGAGAAGCUUACAAAGGGUGUUAAUCUACUCAUUGCGACACCUGGUCGUCUACUCGAUCAUCUGCAGAACACCCCCGGCUUUGUCUUCAAAAACCUGAAGACCUUAGUCAUCGACGAAGCGGACCGAAUCCUGGAAGUCGGUUUCGAGGAUGAGAUGCGCCAGAUUAUCAAGAUCCUCCCCAACGAAGACAGACAGACUAUGCUGUUUUCUGCCACCCAGACCACAAAAGUCGAGGACUUGGCGCGGAUAUCGCUCCGACCGGGACCUCUGUAUAUCAACGUCGAUCACAGGAAGGAGCACAGCACAGUGGAGGGAUUGGAGCAGGGUUAUGUCAUUUGCGAGGCUGACAAGCGAUUCCUGCUACUCUUCUCCUUCUUGAAGCGCAACCUCAAGAAGAAGAUAAUUGUCUUCUUCUCUAGCUGCAAUUGCGUGAAAUACCACGCUGAACUCCUCAACUACAUUGACCUUCCAGUGCUGGACCUACACGGAAAGCAGAAGCAGCAGAAGCGAACCAACACUUUCUUUGAGUUCUGUAACGCCAAGCAAGGAGUCUUGAUCUGCACAGAUGUUGCCGCAAGAGGUCUAGAUAUCCCUGCCGUCGACUGGAUCAUCCAGUUCGAUCCCCCAGACGACACCCGAGACUACAUCCACCGAGUCGGACGUACCGCCCGUGGAGCCAAUGGCAGGGGCCGCAGUUUGAUGUUCCUGCAGCCGUCUGAAGUUGGGUUCCUCAAGUACCUCAAAGAAGCCCGAGUACCAGUCGUGGAGUUCGACUUCCCAGCCAAGAAGAUUGUGAACGUCCAAUCUCAACUUGAGAAGCUGAUCAGCCAAAAUUACUAUCUCAACAAGUCCGCCAAAGACGGCUACCGCUCCUACCUCCAGGCGUACGCCUCUCACUCCCUGCGCUCCGUUUUCGACGUGCACAAGCUCGAUCUCGUGAAAGUGGCGAAGAGCUUCGGCUUCUCGACGCCACCGCGUAUUGACAUCCAGCUUGGGUCCAGUCUCAGCAGAGAUAAGAAGCAACAGCAGCAGGGAAGACGCAGUUACGGUAGUCAACCGAAGGGCCUGAAGUUCAAGAGGAAGCAUGAGGAUGAUUGAUCUUGGUUUGCCUUGGUAUGCUUUGUGAUUAGCAUAAGGUUCGGAGUUAUUUGCUUGCGCUUGUACAUGAGAUAUUGGUUCAUUAAUUAUUAUUCAAAAG